AUGCGAAUAACAACCAUAGAUAGUAAUCAAAAUAAAUUUGAUAAAGACAUAUGGCGAGCAGGUGGAUCAGCAUCACGUGAACAAAUCUUACAGAAAUGGAAUGAUUCUAAUAGAAUACUUAUUGAAUAUUUUAUGAAAAAUAAAUUUCAUCAAACAGAACUUUCAACUUAUAAUUCUUAUUUUUAUACAGAUGAAAUUGGAAAAUUAUUAAUGAAUACACAAUUAAACAUUCCAACUAAUUUACAAGAAUUAUGGCUGAUGAUACGGGGUAAAAAUCCUAGAUCUGUUCUUGUGACAAUGAAUAUGUUUAAUGGGCAACCAGUUUUAGUUAAAAGUUCACAGGUGCUUUUGGUGAAACAGAUCAUCAAAAAAUUAGCGCAGAAACAUCAUAUUUAUGCGGGAUGUGGUUUACGAUCAUUAAAUGAUGUUGAAGAUAUGCUCAAAUCAAGUGUUUGUCGAUGUGUUGUGGCUAGUACCGAUGAUGUAUUGAUUACGAAAAUACCCAAAGAACAUCUAGUUGUCGAAAUAAGUAUUAAUGAACUAAAUGAAGUACUUAUUCAUGGUCGUCAAACAAAUACUCAUGUGAAUAUAAUUACAAAAAUCAAUCAAUUGAUUCAGAUCGAUGUCAAUAUUAGCAGUAUAACAUUUUUUCAAAGCGAAGGACAUUUAUCAGGAAUACCUCGGCAACAAAUCCGAAACCUUCUUAUACAAAUUCCUCAAAAUAUUAAGAGAAUUUAA